AAACCCUUCCUCUCUUCUCUUUGCAGAAAACCCUCAUUGGAAUUUCAAUCGUUCGUUCAAAAUGUCGGCCCCCGAGACUCAACCCCCUCUCAAAAAGAUUACUUUGAGGACGGCGGACGGCCAGCUCUUCGACGUUGAAGAGGACGUCGCCAUGGAAUUCACCACCGUGAAAUCCUUCUUUGAUGAGAACACUGACGCCACUGACGACAUCGUCGUUCCCCUUCCCAACGUCUGCGCCGAUCCACUCGUCAAGAUCAUCGCCUACUGCAAGAAUCAUAUCGAGCUCAAAGCCCGCGGCGAAUCUGAUUCCAAGAGGUACGACGCCGAUUUCGUCAAGGAGCAGAAGGACGACGACCUGAAGGAAUUGAUCUUGGCUUCCAACUAUCUUAAUAUCAAGCAUCUUCUUGACGUUCUGAAUCAGGAGGUGGCGAACAGGAUCAAGAACAAAAGCGUCGAGUACGUGAGGAGGUUCUUCGGAAUCGAGAGCGACUUCACACCGGAGGAGGAGGCGAAGAUCAGGAGUGAGAAUGCCUGGGCGUUCGAGGGAGUCGAUCCUGAUAAUGGCGAUGAAAUGCAGUGAUUGGUGACUUUUCUGGUUCUUUUAUAUGUGUUUGGGUACCGUAAAAUACAUAUCUGAAUUCAGGAAUUGAGUUACUGUUGGAUUAGAAUGGAAUUAGGGUUCGUAUCUUUACCUGCCCUGCAAUUAUAGUAAACUCUUUAAUCCUUUCUUUGCUAAUCAAUUUUCAAUUUCUACAUAAUGGAUUUGUCAAUUUUUAAGCUCCUGCCCGAAUUCUUCCUGUUCUCUUUUUCUUAUUUGUUAAUUUUCUUCAAAUAU